UCCUCGCCCGGGGAGGCUGAAGGAGCUCCUGCUGCUCUGCCAGAGGCUGCACCACUGCCUGGCCCUCCUGGGAGGACAGGGGCCGUCGCCAUGUCGGUGUCGCACAGCUCCAGGCUGAACAAGCUGGUGCGGGAGCAGUAUAUGAGGCUGCCCCAGGAUGGCAGGGUUCAGGUCACCUACGUCUGGAUCGACGGCAGCGGCGAGGGAGUGCGCUGCAAGAGCAGGACCCUCGAUAAGGAGCCUAAGAGCAUCGAAGAUGUCCCCGAGUGGAAUUUCGAUGGCUCCAGCACGGCACAGGCAGAGGGCUCCAACAGUGACAUGUUCCUGGUGCCGGUCUGCAUGUUCAGGGACCCUUUUUGCCUGGACCCCAACAAGCUGGUGCUCUGCGAAGUGCUUAAGUACAACAGGAAACCCGCAGAGACCAACCUGAGACACACGUGCAAGAAAGUCAUGGACCUGGUGAAGGACAGCCACCCCUGGUUCGGGAUGGAGCAGGAGUACACACUGCUGGGCAUCAAUGGCCACCCCUACGGCUGGCCCGACAACGGCUUCCCUGGCCCGCAGGGCCCCUAUUACUGCGGGGUUGGAGCAGAUAAGGUGUACGGGCGUGAUAUUGUGGAGUCCCACUACAAGGCUUGUCUCUACGCGGGGGUGAAGAUCUGUGGCACCAAUGCUGAGGUGAUGCCCUCCCAGUGGGAAUUCCAGGUGGGCCCGUGUGAGGGCAUUGAGAUGGGGGAUCACCUCUGGAUGGCUCGGUUCAUCCUCCACCGUGUCUGUGAGGACUUUGGGGUUGUGGCCACUCUGGACCCCAAACCGAUGACUGGCAACUGGAAUGGCGCUGGGUGCCACACCAACUACAGCACCGAGGAGAUGCGGAGAGAGGGGGGUCUCAAGCACAUUGAAGCUGCCAUCGAGAAGCUGAGCAAGCGGCACGAUUACCACAUCUGCGUGUACGACCCUCGGGGCGGCAGGGACAACUCCCGGCGCCUCACCGGCCACCACGAGACUUCCAACAUCUUCGAGUUCUCAGCCGGCGUGGCCAACCGGGGCGCCAGCAUCCGCAUCCCGCGCCAGGUCGGCCAGGAUGGCUACGGCUACUUCGAGGACCGGCGGCCGGCGGCCAACUGCGAUCCCUACGCCGUCACCGAGGCCAUCAUGAGGACAACGGUGCUCAACGAGACCGGGGUGGAGACCAAGGACUACGCUGACCACUGAGGGCACAGCGUGGGUGGAGGUUCUCGUGCCUACAGUAGCUUCUCACGUGGGAUUUGUGCCUGUGCGGUGUCUUCGGCUGCAAGCUCAGACUCUUUAGGAACCUCGCUUCUGGUCUUGUGAAACGUCGCCUUAGAAAUAUGUAUUUUAUAGCGAGAGGGAGGGGCCCAACCUAUUUUCUCAUCCGCUUUGUUUUUUCCUGGUUCCUGGUUUUAUGUCGUGAGCUUUUUUUUUUUUUUUAAACUUGGAUUGAAUUUUUUUUCCCCUGAUGGACUUUACACUGUGAUGUACAUAGAUCCCAGCGUGGAUGCUGCAGCUGCUGCUGUUUGCACCUGUGGAGGGUGGGUGCCUUUUUUCCAUAUCUCUGUUGCAAGGAAAUGAUAAUAAAUUUCCUGGCUGCGUGGCAGCUGGGUUUAUGCUGUG